AUGGAAAAUUACUCUUGAUAAAGCAAAGACUGAUAGUAACAUAUAUGUAACUAAAUUUAGCAACAAACAUAAUCACCAAACGUUUUCACCUAUAUUUCGAUCAAAUCCGGCCAAGGAAACUGUUUUGUCUAAUGACUAUAAGUUUGAUGUUCAACAAAUUUUUUCACCAAUGACCCAGGACGAUGAUAUUUCGGCAUGGGAGAGUUUUUUUCGCAAAAAACUUGAUAUGGUUGAUAAUUUUGGACACCCGAUGACAAUGUAUCCUUUAUUUUGA